AUGGAAACUUCACCUUCAACAUUCUUUGACUUUAUGACGUCCAUUCAUACAUUGGCAAUGGGUUCAGAUGGCCUUAGAGGUCAUGCUGAGAAACCACCAUGUUGUGCAGCAUCCUCACGUGGUCAUUGCAAUGGUCAUUGUCCACGCAUUGAAGAUGUUCUCUACUCACAACGUAAAGGAAAGACAAACAAAGGUGCCCAACGUUGGCGUUGUAAAGCUUGUGGUACUAAAUGGACUUCCAAAGAGAUAACACAUCCAUCAUCAAUGGUACCAGAUACUAGUUCAAUAGCAUAUGGAAUGGGUCCAGAGGAGAUUAGUUUGGACUUGGCAACGAGGACUGCGAGACCAUUUAAGAAGUCAAAGAUUGGUGAUGUUCCAGGCAAUUCACCAAACUCACAAUUCCUUCCAUCAUUAUUUUCAUCAUCGCCCAAUGAUUCACCAAUCUCAUCGCCUCCAUCUCCACCCUGCAUGUCCGUUCCCAACUCUCGCCAUAACAGUAUGAAUAACUAUGUACCAAUCCAGAACUUGUCCAAUCAAUCAUCGUCGAAUAACCUACGCAUGAGUGUUUCCAACAACUCUGGAAUCAUCAAUAACAAUAAUCAACAAAGAGUGUCAACACCAAAUAGUGGACCAUUGAUGGGCACACCAAAUCGCAUGGCAUCAAGCACACCAAACAUGAACCAUUUGCUAUCAUCAAGUAUUGGCGGCACUCCUCCACCAUUGACUACAAGUAGUUCACUCAGUUCACUGGGAGGCGGACCUGGCCCAACCAAGCCAGUUGUCGUAUCCUCAUCCUCCGCAUCAUCGAACAACAUGCCACCACUUCCAACACGUCCAUCAAUGAAUCAACUAUCAAUGGCAGCCGCAGCCACAUACAACAACAACAUCAACAACAAUCAUAAUAGUCCAAACAGUAAUAACAAUACACCAACAUCAUCAGGUCGCAGCUCCUCCCACGCCCAUCUGCCAUCCACACUCACCAGCUCAAUCAGUCAGCAGAACCUUGGAUCAUCACUCAGACACAGCCAAUCACACAAUAACCAUAACCAACAUAUUAUCCAACAACAUCAACAACUCAAUCAGGCUCGCUCGAGCCAUGGUUCCAAGAUAUCACAGAUAAUUGAUACAUAUGCCACCGACUCUUCGUUCGAGAAUGAGUCCUUCACUCUGGGCACGAACGCUCAAUUUGGUGCUGGAUCACAGUUUGCCAACAAUGCACAGUUUGCCCAAUUCAUUCCAUCACUCUCAAUGGUCGAUUGCUUCAAACGUCUGCUACACUCAAUCUCAGUCUUCUCGCGCGAGCUCACACCUGACAAUCGUCAACGCCUGGCACAAUACCUGACGGCACUGUCGUCCCCGAGUGCUGAGUCGAGCUUCAACACGACACCCCUGUCCAGACGUCUGUUAUCCACCAUCGAUGGUCCCUUGUUCAACAUAUCCAAGGCAUAUCAAUCAUUGUACCAACUGAUGGCACAUCAUCACAAUAUGAUGGACGACACUUUGGUGUCACUGACGAGGAUCAGCUUUGAUGAGCGUGAGGUCCAAGUGAUUGUGGCCCAACUUCACAAGUACCAACCCCUGUUGGACACCUACGAAGGUGUGUUCAAUGACCUCCAAGUGUUCCGUGAGAUGCUUGUGUCCCGUGUCGAGGCCCUGGAGGGAAGCUUCAGCGACCCGAGCCUGUUGGCCAGCUUGGCCGGCGAGUCGGAUGAUGGCUGGGAGUCACCACCCAUCCCGUCAGACCCCGAGCGCACGCUGGACUCAAUGGGUCCUCUCGAGUCCACUCUCACAAGUAUCGAGACAAGACUGCGCGCAACUCAACGCGAGUUGGGCGUCACACAUAAGCUCCAGAACAUGUUGGAGCUACUUUACUCCAUUCACAUGCAGAGUUGGAAGGCAAUCAUCGAGAAGCAUCAACGCAUGGUGCAGGCCUACAUCGUCGACGUUAUCCAACAGACAUUGACCAAUGCCGACAAGAUGUCGUUCGCCUACAGCGUGCUCCGAUCAAUGAGUGCAGGCAGUCGACGUCGUGGUGACCCCGACUUUGAGACUGAGUGGAUCGACCCGUCCAACCCCUACGCACCACGCCUGAACGACUUACUGAACAAGUACGACACGAUCAGACAGCCGUCACCAAGCCGCCGGUUCCAGAGCUUGGGCCGCGAGCGCCAAGUGCUGGCCGUGUACCACACGCAGUGCAUUGAGCAUGGCGUCCCUGACGACCAUCCCGAGUCGCCCAAGCGUCUGGCCUCGGUCAUUCGCGCGAUCAAUGAGUUCUCUAAGCAGUCUGACCGCCUGAUCAUCAAGAACGACCCAGAGGAGGUGGCCGACAAGUGGAUACUGACGGCGCACUCGCCAGAAUACCUGCGACACCUCGAUGAGAUGAGCCAGCGAUUGGAGGGCAAUGAAGUGCGACCACUCAAUGCCAAGGAUGGCGCGACACAAAGUGGAGGCGGUUGCAUCCAGUCUGCGGAUGGCGAAGAUGGCGAUACAUUCAUUUCCAAGCACUCGCUGCGGGCUGCUCGUCGCGCUGCCGGCGCCACGCUCCAUGCAGUCGACCAGGUCGUCCAGGGAGCAGUGACUUCAGCGUUUGUUGCGGCUCGUCCACCAGGACAUCAUGCAGGACGCGAGGGACUGACAUCGGGCACCACAUCGCAGGGCUUCUGUUUGAUCAACAAUGUGGCCAUCGGUGCCAAGUAUGCCCAACUCAAGUAUGGAGUCGAGAAGAUAGCCAUCGUGGACUUUGAUGUGCACCAUGGCAAUGGCACGGAGGAGAUCCUGGCCGGCGACCCUGGCUUCCUCUUCCUCUCGAUCCACAUGUUUGAAGAGGGCUUCUACCCUGGCAGCGGUGGCGGCGACGGUGCGAACGGCGUGGUGUUGCCUGAUGGCAGCGUGCCGCCCGAGCAAUCGGCGCAGGACCCCAACAUGGGCCAGGCGGCCAGCAACAUUGUCAACAUCCCACUGGACCCCAAGUCAUCGGCACUCUCCUUUUUGAAGGCGUUCAACAUCAUCAUCGACCGUCUGAACGAGUACCAACCAGAGCUGCUCAUGAUCUCGUGUGGCUUUGACGCGCACAUUGACGACCAUCUCGCAUCAUUAUGUCUGCUCGACGAGAACUAUGUAGAGAUCACUCGUCAUCUACGCCAGGUUGCCGAUCGCUGGUGCCGUGGCCGUCUGAUAUCCGUUCUGGAGGGUGGCUACAACAUCACAGCUCUUAGACAAUGCACAAUCGCGCACUUGACCGCGCUCACAGAGGAUGAUUAA